AUGUCUUCUCACGACCCUUCGCGCUUCGACGAUUCUGAGGACGAGGAAGACUUCAACCCUGCGCCCGCUGAUCUAUCUGAUGACGAACAAGAUGGCGGCAACCAAAAAGUGAAGCGUGGAAGCAGUCCUGCGCCUCGCGACGAUGACGACGACGAGGAUGAGCGACCCUCCAAAUCGCGACAUGACGAUGAGGAGGAAGAAGAGGAAGAGGAGGAGGAAGAUACUGGUAGACGUCGCGACGAUGAUGACGAAGAAGACGAAGAAGAAGAGGACGAGGAGGAUGAAGACAUUCAACAGGGCCAUCGCAGAAAGCGCAGAAAGGAGCGAGGUGCCAAUUUCUUCGAUAUCGAAGCCGAAGUCGACGAUGAAGACGAGGGCGAAGACGACGAGAUGCUGGGUGAAGAGAUAGGAGACUUCAUCACCAACGACCAUCCAGAUGACAUCGCGGAAACCGGUAUUGACGAUGACCGACGACAUCGCGAACUCGAUCGCCGCAGGGACAUGGACUCUAGUAUGGAUGCCGAGAAACAAGCAGAGAUUCUGCGACAACGAUACGGUAACAGACGCUCUGGCAAAGGCUUCAGGGACGUAUCCGUGGUUCCCAAGCGACUUCUCCUCCCCAGUGUGGAUGAUCCAAGCAUCUGGGCUGUCCGAUGUAAAGAAGGGAAGGAACGAGAAGUUGUAUUCUCCAUCAUGAAGCGUCUAGAAGAGCGAGCGGGUACGAAGGACGAACUCGCCAUCACUGCCGCUUUUGAACGCGGAGGUAUCGAAUCCGUGAUGAAGGGGUUUGUCUACGUUGAAGCUCGACGUCAAACCGACAUUCUCAAGGGACUUGACAGCAUGAUGAACGUUUAUCCCCAUUCCAAGAUGAUCCUUGUCGACAUCAAGGAUAUGCCUGAGCUGUUCCGCAUCACUAAAACCCCUACUCUGGAACCCGGAGCUUGGGUCCGUCUUCGAAAACCCCCAAAGCACAAUGGCGAUCUUGCUCAAGUCAUUGAUGUUACUGAGAACGGCCUGGAAGCUCGUGUUCGCUUCAUUCCCCGAUUGGACUAUGGUUUACGAGACGAUGCCUUGUCCGCUGAUGGCAAGCGUAAGCGACCCUUCGGCAAUGGCCCCAAGCCACCUCAGCGACUGUUCAGCGAGAUCGAGGCUCGAAAGCGUAACCCCCGUGCUAUCCAAGGAAACCCUUCCACCGGCACAUGGACAUACAACAACGAGGAGUUCGAGAACGGAUUCCAAGUCAGGGAUAUCAAAAUCCAACAACUUACCGUCACUGACGUAAACCCAUCUCUCGAGGAGGUUACCAGAUUCGCUUCAGGAGCUGAAGAUGGAACCGAGAACCUCGACCUCAAGGCGCUGGCACACAGUCUCAAAGAUAGCAACGCACUGGCUACGUACCUCCCUGGCGACGUUGUCGAGGUCUACACCGGUGAGCAGAAGGGUGUUGUUGGAAAGGCCAUGCGUGUUCACUCCGAUGUCGUUUCAAUCACCGUUACUGAAGGUGAACUCGUUGGACAAGAGAUUGAUGUCCCCAUCAGAGCUCUUCGCAAGCGCUUCAGUGUCGGCGACCACGUCAAGGUCAUUGGCGGUAGCAAGUUUAGAGACGAAGUCGGAAUGGUUGUCAACAUUAAGGACGACAAGGUUACACUUUUGACAGAUCAGACAAACUCAGAGGUCACGGUGUUUAGCAAAGAUCUGCGUGAAGCUAGUGAUAUCGGUGGUCAAGGCUCACUGGGCCAGUACUCGCUACACGAUCUGGUGCAGCUCGAUCCUACGACUGUGGGUUGUGUUGUCAAGGUUGAUCGCGAGUCGCUUGUUGUCCUUGAUCAGUUUGGAACUCCUCGCCAGGUUAUGCCAUCGCAGAUUUCGAACAAAAUUCCAAAGCGAAAGUUGGUCGUCGCCGUUGAUCGACAUGGCUCUGAGAUUCGUCUGGAAGAUGUUGUCAAGGAGUACACUGGUCAGCAGCGCCAAGGCAAAAUCAUCCACAUUCACCGUUCAUACAUCUUCCUACACUCCAACGACAACAAGGAACAUGCAGGUGUUUUUGUUACCAAGGCCAACAUGGUCAACACUAUUGCUGCCAAGGGUGGCCGCGUCAAUACUGCCGCAUCUACCGGUCCUGAUUUGACAGCCAUGAACCCAGCGCUCAAGCUUCACAAGAACGGAAGUGAGAAUAAGCCCUUGCAACAACCCAGGUCUUUUGGACGAGAUAAGGCAAUCGAACAGACUGUUGUUAUCAAGAAGGGAGCCUACAAAGGUCUUCUAGGCAUUGUCAAAGACACCACAGACACCCAUGCUCGCGUCGAGCUUCAUACGAAGAGCAAGACGAUCACGGUGCCUAAGGAUAGUUUAGCGUUCAAGAACAGGAUGACUGGUGCUACGAUUGAUAUCGCCAGCCGAGGGGGUCGCGGUGGUUAUGGCGGUGGUGCCGGACGUGGCGGCGGUGAUCGUGUGCCAGGAUGGCAGAGCGGCUCCCGCACACCCAUGGCAGGUGGUAACUCUGACAGAGUGCCUGCCUGGGGAUCACGUACACCUGCUGCAAGUGGAAGAACGCCCGCUUGGAAGGCCCAAGAUAUGUCUGGCGCCCGAACACCCGCAUGGGCAGAUGGUUCGCGGACUGUCAACCCAUAUGACGGCAGCCGUACGGCUUACGGGUCUGGUGGGCGCACGCCAGCCUGGCAGGCUGGUGGAAGAACCCCUGCCCCAGGUGAUGCGUUUGGCGCUGGAUCACGUACACCAGCUUAUGGUGGAGGUGACAGCUGGGGCUCAGGAUCCAAGACACCUGCUUGGGGGGUUACCGCGCCAACUCCAGGAGCCAGUGGCGGUGAUUCGUGGGGUUCAAACUCGUACGACGCCCCUACUCCCGGUGGUGCACUCGGUGCCCCAACUCCCGGUGCCAUGAACGCUCCUACACCUGGCGCUUACUCGGCGCCUACACCUGCUGCUAUCAGUGCACCAACACCUGGUGGCUGGCAAGGCGGAUGGGGAGCAGAUUCGGCACCUACCCCUGCUGCUGGUGCUCCCACUCCUGGCUACUACGCUGCUCCUACCCCGGGAGCAAGUUACGGUCCACCAGAGACUCCUGGAGCCACUGGUCCUCGGUACACUGAUGACGACUGA